GGCUGCAGGAGGGGACCAUGCGAUGCUCUACAAUUCUGUUGUUGUAUCGUGUGCAAAAGAAGUAUCGUGCUUGUGCUAAUUGUAUAUUGUAAGUGUGCAUCAAGAAAAACUACGAGAACAGGUAUGGCUGUAGCUGUAUAUCUGAACCUGCAUGACAAAAUCAAACUUAUUUCGGAAAGGAGAUUUAUCAUGAUAUGGAUGCUAUAAUGCGAUACUUUUGCGAAAAUGCAUAUGCUGGUACGGUUGGCACAGCUGCAGGGGGAAUCCCGCAGAUUGGCCUUUUCAGCCGAGCUUGCUCCCCACCAUGGCGGGGGUCGUCGCUGCAUUUAUUACGCCAGUCCAAUUCUCCUGCUCUCCCGCACGAAAAAAUGGAUCCGGUCUACACUGAGCUCUUCCACGCCUUGAAGUCGGCAAACACAGCUGCCGCAGGGGCUAAGGCACUGGAAACACUGCACGAGCAGACGUUGACUAUUCACGACUUUGUCAACAAUUUGUUCGUCGCGGGGAGGUACCAACAGGCCGAGAAAAGUGGUACGGCUGGCGACGGGAAGCACGCAACGAAGCACACCGCAGUGCAGGAGAUUGUGGAUGACGUGCAUGGUAUCCAGGAAAAAAACUCUGUAAGAAGUGGAACUUUCUUUGUAGGAAGAUCAGCAUUACAAAUUCGUUUUGCAUUACAGGGAACAAAACCUGUCAUGGGCAGCUAGUAUCAGUGGAAACACGUAUGAAAGUGGCCUCUGACGCACCUCUAGCAUGACAAGUGUAACAGCUUUAGCAUUUCCUGCAUCACAGACUUACACUUACACAGUUUUUUUCUUGCAUACAUGGGUUUCUCAAUCUACUGGGCGAUGAGACGGCGGACGAACCUUGCGUCACCAUAGAACACUUCGCGGUCAUUAUGGACAACCUGUUGCAUUCUGGAACAGUAACCUCGAAUACCAGAUUAAAAAAAACCGUCGUAUUAGGGCCAAAUCGGUUUUUUAAUCUACGGAAUUUGUACUAAAUGCCGUUUUGUUGCCAAGCAAGCAAGUAAAAAACGCAAUAUGAGUCUGUAAAUUUGCAGGUCGUUUUGCAGAGUUGUCUGUGUUGUAUCCUCUACGCCAAAAAAUGCAGGAACGCAACAUACUUACACGUACACGAUUUAGGCCCCGAUAGAAGAUGUUACGCCACGAUAGCAUAUGGGCAGUUCACGCUCCAGCACCAGGAAGACCACGGGCACAUGACACUCUUCGCCCUGAAGUCCUACCUGAAGCUCUACCUCCUUUUCAAAGACAGAAUCGAGGCUGCGAUCCUCGGGCAAACGCACGCACAGCUGCAGGACACGGUGAAAAAUCUCUACCGGGUUAUCGUAAGGAAAAAUCCCCCCUCCCCAUAUUGAACACGCACGCGCCUGAAAAUUUGUGAUGCAGAUUUGUGACCACAAAUGAUCCUGUUUGUUUUGCAAGAAGGCAAAUCUAGAGAGUCCGCCGCACGGUUUAGGCGGUUUGUGAUGCUGUUGGGCCUACAGCGCAGACGUUUGUCGUGCUAGGCACCUACGUCAAAACCUCUCGCCUCAGGCUUUGCAUAUGCCUGCAGUCCUCUGCUGCAAGACAAACGCGAUUUGUGUAUCCACAUCCAGCAUAGGAAGUUCCGUCUUGAUAUUGGGAGGGGGGAUUCUUCCUUUUGAUACGGGUGUCUCUCCCACACCUAGCGGGCGAAAAUAGCGCGUUCGCAGUCCCGCGACCCUUCCAGGGAAAGAGAGGGCGAAACCCGGGCGUCGGAACGGUGGUGGGGCUGAACAUGAAGUGGGCCGAUAUCAAAAGGAAAAACCGCCCCUCCCCAUAUCGAAAGCGAAAUCUGUGGUGCUGUAUUUGAGUACAUGUACACAAAUCAACUUGUAUUGCUAGAAGACAAAGGGGCGCAGUUGUGGCCUCGUUUGCAAGCGAUUUGUCAUGCUGUUUCCCAUUUGCAGCUGCCUCGUGUCAUGCUGAGAAUGCCAGGCUUUCCCGCGCAGCCUAGCACUACAGUCCGCAUCUUUUUCGUUCUAGCAUGACAAAGCUGAUCUGUGACCACAAAUCUGCAUCACAGAUUUCCGUUUUGAUAUGGGGAGGGGGGAUUUUUCUUCUUGAUAGCCGAGUUUUGGCAUUUAUCAGGUUUGAUAGCAUUCCCGUAUUUAUCCCCUGCACUUGCGAGAGCUUCUGUGCCCAAAAUUUGAACAAAGAAUAAAAUUACACCAACAAAAGAAACAGCACGCACGCUGUUCCGCGAGUAGGUGUAGGGCGGACAGUGGACGAGCGCGCAUUGUUCAUUUUUUCCCAUGAGCAGCUAGAGCGCUCCGUGUUUAGCUCGUUUUUUAUUUCUUGACCCGAAAGUAGGACUUUUUUAGGCCACAAGCGCUGCAACCGUGAGGCCGAAAAGGCUGCGCCGCGCAGCUCUUGUUCGUUGUCUGACUGUAAAUAGGGAGCGCACAAUCGGCUUUCUCUGCUUUGUGCCGAAUCGUCAAGGCAUGUUUGUGCCGAAUCAUCUAUCAAGGAACUUUUGCCUUCUACUAGCCUACUCUAGAAAAGGCGAAAAUUAUGCGAAGUUGUUAAACCUGAUGGAGCUCGCAUGCGCAUUACAAACCCAAAUCCGGAAUUACGUCGGAG